GGGGGAGGAGCGGCAGCGGCGGCGGCUGGAGCUGCUGUGGCGACCGACGCGAGGCGGUGGCAGAGGAGACCCACCCCUGUCCACAUGGACAGUCGCAAAGGCCUCCGCUGAUGCAUUCACGCCUGGGCGGGGUGGGCGGACGGCCGUAGCGGCGGCGGCUGCAGAACGAGCUAGGGGCCUGGAGGCGCCUCACGGUCGCAGACACCUCGCCGCUCCGGCGCGGCGGGUGCGGCCAUUUUACGGCCUGAGACGAAGGGAGGCGUGUUUGUGUGCUCGCGUUCAUCCUCCUUUCUUGGGAACCCACGGCUGCGGGAAGUUUCUCAGGCAGCCUGGGUGGGAGGUGGAUGGGGAGUCGUGGGCCGAGAGGAACCGGGCCCGGGAAGCGCCGUCGUCGUCGUCGCCGCUCGCGUUCCCCCGGAGGGGCCUGAGAAGUUCGGGCCGCAGGCCUCGCUGCCCGCCCGCCCGCGGACAGGCCGGGGCGCGCCUGGCCUGCUUUUGUGUAGGCCCGUCUGAACGUGGGAGCGCAGCCCGCCUGACGGCUGAGCCCAAGGCCCGCAACCCUGCGGCGUCUACCCUCCUCCGGCGCGGCCCCUCAUCCCGGCGAGCACGGCGGCGGUGUGGGCCAUGGAUUAAGAAGGAGGCGGCGUGGGAGGAGGAAGAUGGCGGCCGGCAAGAGCGGCGGCAGCGCCGGGGAGAUUACUUUUCUGGAAGCUUUGGCUAGAUCAGAGUCUAAGAGAGAUGGAGGUUUUAAAAAUAAUUGGAGCUUUGAUCAUGAAGAAGAAAGUGAAGGAGAUACAGAUAAAGAUGGGACAGAUCUGCUCAGUGUGGAUGAAGAUGAGGAUUCUGAAACCUCAAAAGGAAAAAAGUUAAAUCGUCGAUCUGAAAUUGUUGCUAAUAGCUCUGGUGAAUUCAUCUUGAAGACAUAUGUAAGACGAAACAAGUCUGAAAGUUUUAAAACUUUGAAAGGCAACCCAAUUGGACUUAACAUGUUGAGCAACAAUAAGAAAUUGAGUGAAAAUACGCAAAAUACGUCAUUAUGUUCUGGAACUGUAGUUCAUGGUAGACGUUUUCAUCAUGCUCAUGCACAGAUACCAGUAGUAAAAACAGCAGCCCAAAGCAGUCUGGACCGAAAAGAAAGGAAAGAAUACCCACCUCAUGUCCCAAAAGUUGAAAUUAAUCCUGUAAGGUUGAGUCGGCUCCAAGGUGUUGAACGUAUAAUGAAGAAAACAGAAGAGUCCGAAUCACAAGUAGAGCCUGAAAUUAAGAGGAAAGUACAACAGAAAUGGCACUGUAGUACCUAUCAGCCUACUUCUCCUCUAUCUCCUGCUUCAAAAAAAUGUUUAACCCAUUUAGAGGAUUUGCAAAGAAAUUGCAGACAAGCUGUUACUUUGAAUGAGUCUACUGGACCAUUAUUAAGAACGUCAAUUCAUCAGAAUUCUGGAGGACAGAAGUCACAAAACACAGGAUUAACAACCAAGAAGUUUUAUGGCAACAGUGUGGAAAAGGUUCCAAUUGAUAUUAUUGUGAAUUGUGAUGACAGUAAACACACUUAUUUACAGACUAAUGGAAAAGUCAUUUUACCUGGGGCAAAAAUACCCAAAAUCACAAACUUGAAAGAAAGGAAAACAAGUUUGUCAGACCUAAAUGAUCCAAUCAUUUUGUCCAGUGAUGAUGAUGAUGACAACGACAGAACUAACAGAAGAGAGAGCAUAUCUCCUCAGCCUGCUGAUUCAGCUUGUUCUUCCCCUGCACCAUCCACUGGAAAAGUAGAAGCAGCGCUAAAUGAAAAUACUUGCAGAGUAGAGCGUGAACUACGAAGCAUUCCAGAAGACUCAGAGUUAAAUACAGUUACAUUGCCAAGAAAAGCAAGAAUGAAAGACCAGUUUGGCAAUUCUAUUAUCAACACACCUCUAAAACGUCGUAAAGUGUUUUCUCAAGAACCUCCAGAUCCUUUAGCUUUAAGCUGCCAAAGUUCCUUUGACAGUGUCAUUUUAAACUGUCGGAGUAUACGAGUAGGAACACUCUUCCGGCUGUUAACAGAGCCUGUAAUUUUUUGUUUAGAUUUUAUCAAGAUACAGCUAGACGAACCAGACCAUGAUCCUGUAGAGAUUAUUUUAAAUACCUCUGAUCUAACUAAAUGUGAAUGGUGUAAUGUCCGAAAAUUACCUGUAGUGUUUCUUCAAGCAAUUCCAGCAGUUUAUCAAAAGCUGAGCAUGCAACUGCAAAUGAAUAAGGAGGAUAAAGUUUGGAAUGAUUAUAAAGGAAUAAAUAAAUUAACGAAUUUGGAAGAACAACAUAUAAUUUUAAUUUUUCAAAAUGGCCUUGAUCCUCAGGCAAAUAUGGUAUUCGAAAGUAUCAUUAACGAAAUUGGUAUAAAGAAUAACAUCUCCAAUUUUUUUGCGAAAAUUCCCUUUGAAGAAGCUAAUGGCAGACUUGUUGCCUGUACAAGAACCUAUGAGGAGAGCAUCAAAGGAAGUUGUGGGCAAAAGGAAAACAAAAUUAAAACUGUACCAUUUGAAUCUAAAAUACAACUUAGAAGCAAACAAGAAUUCCAGUUUUUUGAUGAAGAAGAAGAAACUGGAGAAAACCACACCAUCUUCAUUGGCCCAGUAGAAAAGUUGAUAGUAUAUCCACCACCUCCAGCUAAGGGAGGCAUCUCCGUUACCAAUGAGGACCUGCACUGUCUAAAUGAAGGAGAAUUUUUAAAUGAUGUUAUUAUAGACUUUUAUUUGAAAUACUUGGUGCUUGAAAAACUGAAGAAAGAAGACGCUGACCGAAUUCAUAUAUUCAGUUCUUUUUUCUAUAAACGCCUUAAUCAGAGAGAGAGGAGAAAUCAUGAAACAACUAAUCUGUCAAUACAGCAAAAGAGACAUGGGAGAGUAAAAACAUGGACCCGGCAUGUAGAUAUUUUUGAGAAGGAUUUUAUUUUUGUACCCCUUAAUGAAGCUGCACACUGGUUUUUGGCUGUUGUUUGUUUCCCUGGUUUGGAAAAACCAAAGUAUGAACCUAAUCCUCAUUACCAUGAAAAUGCUGUCAUGCAGAAAUGUUCAACUGUAGAGGACAGUUUUAUUUCUUCUUCAGCCAGUGAAAUGGAGAGUUGUUCACAAAACUCUUCCGCCAAGCCUGUAAUUAAGAAGAUGCUAAACAAAAAACAUUGCAUAGCUGUAACUGAUUCCAAUCCUGGGCAGGAAGAAAGUGACCCUCGUUAUAAGAGAAACAUGUGCAGUGUAAAAUACAGCGUGAAAAAAAUAAAUCAUACGGCGAGCGAAAAUGAAGCAUUCAUUAAAGGAGAAUCUACAUCCCAGAAAGUUGCUGAUAGGACUAAAAGUGAGAAUGGCCUACAGAAUGAAGGUUUAAGUUCCACACAUCAUACAGAUGGCUUAAGCAAAAUCAGACUAAACUACAGUGAUGAAUCACCUGAAGCUGGUAAAAUGCUUGAAGAUGAACUCGUCGACUUCUCAGAAGAUCAGGAUAACCAGGAUGAUAGCAGUGAUGAUGGAUUCCUCGCUGAUGACAACUGCAAUUCAGAAAUAGGACAGUGGCAUUUAAAGCCUACUAUCUGUAAACAACCUUGUAUCCUACUUAUGGACUCACUCCGAGGCCCUUCUCGGUCAAAUGUUGUCAAAAUUUUAAGAGAGUAUUUAGAAGUGGAAUGGGAAGUUAAAAAAGGAAGCAAAAGAAGCUUUUCCAAAGAUGUUAUGAAGGGCUCUAAUCCAAAAGUACCACAGCAAAACAACUUCAGUGACUGUGGUGUAUAUGUAUUGCAGUAUGUAGAGAGCUUUUUUGAGAAUCCAAUUCUCAAUUUUGAACUACCUAUGAAUUUGGCAAACUGGUUUCCUCCACCAAGAAUGAGAACAAAAAGAGAAGAAAUCCGAAACAUAAUUCUGAAGCUACAGGAAGAUCAGAGCAAAGAGAAAAAAAAGCAUAAGGACACUUACUCAACAGAAGCACCUUUAGGCGAAGGAACAGAACAAUAUGUCAAUAGUAUCUCAGAUUGACCAUUUCUGUUAUUGUUAUUUCUACCUUCGGAAACUAAAUGACUUUCAAAUUUGGGUAUAGACAGUAAAGAACUGAAGUGCUCACUACUCAGUGAUUUGGAAAUUUUGAUGCUUGUAUAAAUGUCACAUAAUUAAUUUCCAAAGGCGUAUGUAUUAAGUAAAAGUCUGUAAAUAUGUUAAUGAGGCCAAUUUUUCCAGCAUUUAUAAUUAUUUUUUUCACUUGUUAGGAAGCUUUUGUUAUGUAUUUUCUGUUAAUAGUACCUAAAAUUGCACUUCUAAACACAAAUAAAAAGAAAAUAUUUAUAGGAGGAAA